UCAGUGUCUGACACAAAGAGGAUUGUGAUCUUGGGAAAAACUGGAGCUGGGAAAAGCAGCCUGGCUAACACCAUAUUUGGAGAAGAACUGUUCAUGAUCGGCGACAGUGCCAACUCUGAAACAAAUAAAUGUCAAGCAAAAACCAGAUCUGUCAACGGAAGAAGCAUCACUCUGAUUGACACUCCUGGUUUGUUUGACACAGACAGACCUGAAGAGGAGCUGAAGGCUGAGAUAGUGAGGUGUAUCACAGAGUGCUCUCCUGGGCCUCAUGCUUUUCUCAUUGUGCUUAAAGUGGAGAGAUACACAGAGCAAGAAGAGGCUGUCAUCAACAAAAUAAAAGAAUACUUUUCUGAAGAAGUCUUCAAAUAUGCAACAGUUCUCUUCACUCAUGGAGACCAGCUCAAAGGACAGACAAUUAUAGAUUUUGUCCAAAAGAAUAAGUCAUUGAGUGAUCUUGUUGAGAAGUGUGGAGGACGCUGUCAUGUCAUUGAUAAUAAAUACUGGAAGAACGACCAGCAGGAUGAAUACAGAAGCAACAAGUUCCAGGUGGAGGAGCUCCUCAAGACAAUAGAUGAGAUAACUGAGGCAAACAGAGGAGGCUGCUACACCAAUGAGAUGCUACAAGCAGCAGAGGAAAUGAUCCAACAAGAGGAGGAGCGCAUUAGAGAGUCAUCACCAAACAUGUCAGAGGAAGAGAUCAGAGGACAGGCUAGACUCAACACAUCAAGAUUAAUCAAGAUUUUGAUCAGACUGGCAGGUAUCACAACAGGUGCAUUGUUAGGAGCUUUGUUUGGUGUGGGAGUGAGUGUUGUAGUUGUGGCUGCAGUGGCAGCUGCAGCGGGAGCGGUGACUGGAGGUGUUAAAGGAUAUCAUGCAGCUGAGGAUGCAGAGACAGUAAAGGAAGGAGCAGAGAAGGCAGCAAAGGCUGUCUUGGAUGGAGCCAAAUCUGUUUUAGAUCAAAUGCUGCAAAAUGCACUAAACUACCUGAAAUGUUUAGUGCUGCAGCAGCUGGAGCUGACUCAGCACGGCACCAGGGCGCAACACCGGCAAGUGAUGAUGGAGGUGCCUUCAGGGAAUUAA